CAACUCAAAAUUUGUUAUCGCAAGUGACAGUCAUUUCCAUCUCCAUGUUUGGCCCUGCGCAGGUUCCUGAUUGUAAGACAGUGGCUGGGCCUGAGAGAUCUGCACAUUGAGUUGAAUGGAGCGACGGAUUGAUCCGGGGCUCCGAGCAAUGCGAUCCUCUUUUGCAGGUUCCAAGAAUGCUAGCCAGAAAGUGGGAUCCGUGCCAAACUCAUGAUUGGGGGCUCCAUGCUCCAGUGGCUGGCAGGUUGGAGCUCCGAACUCCGAAAGCAUCGUUUACGGAAGCAGAUAAGCACUGGCUGUGGCGAAACAGGUAUCUCCGGCACGCGAGUUUCGGUCCUGCUGCUGUCAUCCAUGCUGUCCCCGAGCCCGGUUUACAAAGGCUGUUCGCUUCACAAGUGUCUCAUACAAAGCCAUCAUGACGAUUUCACCCUGCAGCAGUACCAGUUCCUUGCCCAUGGCGAAGACAGCGCGCACACCCAUUCCAAAACUACAGCUCUUCAUUCUCGUUUCUAUCCAGUUCGCAGAGCCCAUCACCGCUCUCGUUAUCUACCCCUUCGUCGUCUCGUUGGUGCGCGACACCGGGAUCACGCGAGGGGACGACAACCGCACAGGAUAUUACGCUGGACUACUGGAAUCAGUGUUCUUCCUCGGGGAGGGCCUCACUGCCUUCCACUUUGGCCGACUUGCAGAUGCGUAUGGACGACGGCCUGUGCUUCUCCUCGCCCCUCUGGGAUUGGCUUUGGCGACGCUCGGAUGCGGCCUAACAAAAUCCUUCUGGGUCCUAUUCUUCUUCCGUUGCGCACAGGGGAUCUUCAACGGGAACAUCGGAGUCUCCAAAACUGUCAUGAACGAGGCAAGAUUGCACUGUCCCAUGAUUCUCUACGCAGCACUCACCGUUACCCCAGAUUUCGGACCCCACAAACGCCGCCGAUAUGUACUCCAUGAUUCCUCUCAUGUGGAGCGCUGGCGUAACUUCUGCAACAGGCCGUUCAUCGGUGGCGUACUGGAGCACCCCGCAACAAAAUGGCCCAACACUAUGGGCAAGAUCGAGUUUCUGAGGAACAAUCCAUAUUUCUUGCCCUGCGCCGCGGCCUCUGCCAUCGCGCUAUUCUCUUUCAUUGUCGGCUUCAUCGGUCUUCGCGAGACUUUGCCGUCUCUUGUGAAGAACAAAAAGAAACGUUGCGCCGAAGCCCCGCGAGAGACGGACCCACUGCUGCCGGCUUCAGACGAUUCGGAAAACGAGAGGUUUCUCACUGUUCGUGAGCUGCUGACCGGACCAGUUCUGGUGGCCUUGUCGAAUCACGGGAUGCUGCAGUUUUGUGAUAUGGCGUAUGAGGCCCUUCUACCAUUGGUCUACGCCACCCCAAUCGAACACGGCGGUUUUGGAUUAAGCCCGUACGACAUCGGAAGAAUGAUGGCAGUUAUCGGCAUUAUAAGCGCGGUUCUCCAAACGUUUGCUGGGGGGCGCAUCAUUCGCUAUUUCGGACCGCGGAAAGUGUUCAUCAGCGCAUUUUGCGCGCAUAUCACUGGUCUGGCGGCAUAUCCGAUCAUCGGCAUACUAAUCAGACGCGCGGGCCACAUAACACCGGUGGCGGGCGUCGUGCUGGCCCUGCAGCUGGGAUGUGGACUGGUCAAGUAUUUCGCCUAUGCAUCAACGCUUAUCUUCCUCAUGGACUCAUCACCGAACAAAGCCAAUGUUGGUGCAGUAAAUGGACUGGGCCAGAUGAUCGGCACCCUGCUUCGGAGCCUAGCACCCACAUUCAGCUCUUCUCUGUUCGCCGUCUCCGUGAAGUAUAACCUUGCUGGGGGAUAUCUCGGCUACCUCAUCAUCGCCACGAUUGCGCUGUGCUCGGUGGCCAACGCGCUGAGGCUGCCGAAAAGACUCAAGUCGGGCGAGAGGGCAUAAUUGAUACCACUGAGCGCAUGAUAGCAUUCGGCUCAUAUUCGUCAAUGGACUAUAUUUAUAGCAAGAAAACCCCGUUGUUGAGCCAUAGAAAUAAGCUCUCAAUUUUAAAACUUACAUUAUAAUACCCAACAUAGGGGUACUCUGAACUGGUCCGUCCUGAUCCCAUCAACGUGUCAGUCGGACUGUAUUGACCGCGGGUGAGGGCUUGCUGCCUGCACUCUGCCAGAAUCCUCUCUCUCUCUCCAAAACACCGGUAGUGUAUCCCACAGAUGGAAGCUCUCUUCGACAACAAGACGAACAUCGUUAAUGCGCGUAUCUGUGCUAAGCUCGACGGCGCGGUUAUGUACAGCGUGCAGACCAAGUUCGACUUUCACGGACGCAUACUCACCAUCCUUCGCGACGAGAACCCCGUGAAAGGAACGAGCGCGGUUGUCGGCGCGAUAUACUGGAAGGAGAAGAGCUUCGAGAUCUCUGGGAAGAGGAAGAAGAUCCAGGAUCUGAAGCGGUCGGAGGGGAGUCUGUUUCGAGGAAGUUCUGGCGGUGGUCAGCGAGGAGGACAGAGUACGAGAUGUCGUAUACGCACGAGGAAUGGAAGGCGACCAUCGAGGGAGGGAGAGCGACGCUCGCCCGUUUCUGUGUUCCAUUCAGACCGCACCUCUUCUCCAAAUGUCCACCGCCUGUCGUGCAUCUCACAUCCACAGCGCUCGCUGAGGACGAGGUGUUCUUGCUGCUGCUUUUCAUCUACGUCGAAGUCAAGAGACAGGACACAACCAACACCUCGACCUCGGGUGGAACGGGGAGCUGGUAGCAGAGGCGCGAGCGCAAUCCACGUGCUUGCGAUGGAUCUCGAGAACGGCGGGUGAUGGGUGAUAGGUUCUUUUCUUCAUCUUCAAGACGUAGGUUCACUGGACCUAUCUGUAUACUUACCAUGCAUGAUUCACGCCCUGUGGAAUCUGGGGUCAUGACUGCUCUCCGACCGUGCAAUCAGCUUGCCCUCAACGAAACACAGUGUAUGAACAAUAGUAUGCGGCGAAUGUCUCCGACCGUGGGACUCCGGAUCCAAUGAUGGGUCAGAGCUACUAGGAUCUCUUGGAAUCUCACACUCAAGAUCUGCGGGAACGAUAAUGAACCUCGCAUCUUCCGCAUCACCGCUGGCUCGCUUACUAUCAUUGCCUUCUACACUGCCUGCUGGGGCACUAGAAUACCUCACAUAAGCACCGAACUGAUCUAGGUGGCACUUUGUUCAUCGCCAUCUCGUUCUUCGAUGUUUUGUGACCUGCGAUCUGCGCUGAUUCACGCAUACAUUGCAUUCAGAGCUGGGAUGUCGUUAGAUCUGUUCCCGCUCCCGAGCUGCUCUCCCCGGUUGCAGUAAUUUGAUCAUCUUAUUACUGUGCAGUGAGGGGAUGAUUCUGCAUCUUUGGCUUCCCUUUCUCCCAGUAGGAACCCUCCUACUGCUAUCCUUGACCUUUCUCUUCGCCGCUUGAUUCUUAGGCCAUGUCUUACUCACCUUCGACUGCAACAAAUUCGUCGAGCAUCCCCGCCGCCAAUUCUGGGGAUGAAGCCCAUCUCAUUGCAUU